GAGUCCGCCCCACCCGGGCGGGGCCUGGCUGGACCGAUCUACCGGUGGCCCAGCGAGACCCUGGCACCAGCCACGAGGUGGCCGGCUCAGGGCUGGGUCUGAAUGGCUACGUGGAGGCGGGAUGGCCGGCUAACCGGCAGCCAGCGGCUCCUGUGUGCAGGACUGGCGGGUGCAGUCAGCCUCAGCCUCACUGCUCCCCUGGAGCUUGCCACUGUGUUGGCCCAGGUCGGUGUGGCGCGCGGCCACUCCCGGGGGCUAUGGGCCACCGGACGCCGCGUAUGGCUGGCCGAGGGGCCAAGGGCCCUGUGGAAAGGGAAUGGCGUGGCGUGCCUGCGCCUCUUCCCCUGCAGCGUGGUGCAGCUAGCAGCCUACCGAAAGUUUGUUGUGCUCUUCAUGGAUGACCUGGGCCAUAUUUCUCAGUGGAGCUCCAUUGUGGCUGGAAGUCUCGCAGGCAUGGUUUCCACGAUUGUCACAUACCCUACAGACCUCAUCAAAACCCGGUUGAUUGUGCAGAACAUGCUGGAACCAUCUUACAGGGGGCUUAUCCAUGCCUUCUCUACUAUUUAUCAACAAGAAGGGUUCCUGGCCCUUUACCGAGGGGUGUCCCUCACUGUUUUAGGUGCUGUUCCCUUCUCUGCUGGCUCCCUUCUAGUCUACAUGAACCUGGAGAACAUCUGGAAUGCUCCCCGGGACCGCUUCUCUCACCUGCAGAACUUUGCCAACAUCUGUGUGGCUGCUGCUGUGAGCCAGACGCUCUCCUUUCCCUUUGACACUGUCAAGAGAAAGAUGCAGGCUCAAAGUCCUUCUCUUCCCCACUGUGGAGGAGUGGAUGUCCACUUCUCAGGAGCAGCUGACUGCUUCCGCCAGAUAGUGAAGACCCAAGGGGUGCUGGGGCUCUGGAGAGGACUGACAGCUAACUUACUAAAGGUAGUUCCAUAUUUUGGAGUUAUGUUUACCAUGUUUGAGUUCUGUAAGAGAAUUUUUCUUUAUCAAAAUGGUUACAUCUUGUCCCCACUGACCUAUAAAUUGACACCAGGGGUGGACCAAAGUUUGAAGCCCCAGGAGUUACAGGAAUUCAAGAAGUUCUUCAAACCCAGAAAACUGAAAUCUAAAAAACCAACUCUGUAAAGCAGAAGACGUGCGGCAGUCCCAGAUGAAGGCUGCCUCUUCACUGCGCCCUUCGGAAGAACGGGAAGGAACUCCUACCUGAGGCUCUUGGAAAUGAGACCACAAGGCCACACAUCACCUCAGAACCCCAAACUUUCCCUGUGAAUACCUGUGCCUUGAAACGCUUUUCUGACGAUUCUCUGCCACAAUGCCAUUCUACCAGACUAUAAGAAAACCUAGAGGCCCAGUGGUGGCGCACGCCUGUAAUCCCAGCACUCAGGGUGGCUGAGGCAGGUGGAUCACUGUGAGUUCAAGGCCAGCCUAGUUACAAAGU